UCGAAAUGGCAAUUUUAACGCUAACAUUUACAUUAGACAGAACAAAGUUUUUCCACUGUGACCAGUUUUCACUUUCAUGUAGCAAAAUAACAUGAAGUCCGUGAAAAGGAUUGCAAAGCACCCCACCAUUUCACUGCUAAAUUCAUGCACAACACUGAAAGAGAUGAAGCAGAUCCAUGCUCAAUUGGUUGUUAAGGGCAUUCUUAACAACCCUCACUUCCAUGGCCAAUUUGUUGCUACCAUUGCCCUUCACAACACAACCAAUCUUGACUAUGCCAACAAGCUCCUCAACCACAACAACAACCCAACCCUCUUCACUCUCAACUCCAUGAUCAGGGCCUAUUCCAAAAGCUCCACACCCUCCAAAAGCUUCCAUUUUUACGCCAACAUUCUCCACUCCAACAACAACAACCUCUCCCCUGAUAACUACACCUUCACCUUCCUGGUCCGCACGUGCGCCCAGCUCCAGGCUCACGUGACUGGCUUGUGUGUUCAUGGUGCAGUCAUAAAGCACGGGUUUGAGCUCGACCCACAUGUGCAAACCGGAUUGGUUUUCAUGUAUGCUGAAUUGGGUUGUCUCAGCUCGUGCCAUAAUGUGUUUGACGGGGCUGUUGAGCCGGACUUGGUUACUCAAACCGCCAUGCUAAAUGCUUGUGCCAAGUGUGGCGACAUUGACUUUGCGAGGAAGAUGUUUGAUGAAAUGCCGGAGAGAGAUCAUGUUACGUGGAAUGCAAUGAUCGCGGGGUACGCGCAAUGUGGGCGGUCGAGGGAGGCGCUGGAUGUGUUCCAUUUGAUGCAGAUGGAGGGUGUGAAGUUGAAUGAGGUGUCCAUGGUUUUGGUUUUGUCUGCGUGUACUCACUUGCAGGUGUUGGAUCAUGGAAGAUGGGUUCAUGCUUAUGUGGAGAGGUACAAGGUUAGGAUGACAGUGACGCUGGGAACUGCACUUGUUGACAUGUAUGCGAAAUGUGGGAAUGUUGAUAGGGCAAUGCAAGUUUUUUGGGGAAUGAAGGAGAGGAAUGUUUAUACUUGGAGUAGUGCCAUUGGUGGGUUGGCCAUGAAUGGUUUUGGUGAGGAGAGUUUAGAUCUUUUUAACGAUAUGAAACGAGAGGGUGUUCAGCCAAAUGGGAUCACCUUCAUUUCUGUCUUGAAAGGGUGCAGUGUGGUUGGCUUGGUGGAGGAAGGUAGAAAGCAUUUUGACUCAAUGAGGAAUGUUUAUGGGAUUGGCCCUCAACUGGAGCAUUAUGGCUUAAUGGUUGAUAUGUACGGUAGAGCAGGGCGUCUCAAGGAAGCUUUGAACUUCAUUAACAGCAUGCCUAUGAGACCUCAUGUUGGUGCAUGGAGUGCUUUGCUUCAUGCUUGUAGAAUGUAUAAGAACAAGGAACUGGGUGAGAUUGCACAGAGAAAGAUAGUGGAACUAGAAGACAAAAACGAUGGUGCUUAUGUCCUUUUAUCAAAUAUAUACGCUGAUUAUAAGAAUUGGGAAAGCGUUAGUAGUUUGAGGCAGACCAUGAAGGCUAAGGGUGUGAAGAAGCUCCCUGGUUGUAGUGUCAUAGAAGUUGAUGGUGAAGUUCAUGAGUUCAUUGUUGGGGACAAGUCUCACCCAAGAUAUGAUGAGAUUGAAAUGAAGCUGGAAGAGAUAUCUAAGUGUCUUAGACUAUCAGGGUAUGUGGCUAACACUAACCCUGUGCUUUUUGAUAUAGAAGAAGAGGAGAAGGAGGAUGCUUUGAGUAAACAUAGUGAGAAGGUAGCCAUUGCCUUUGGGUUAAUUAGUUUGAAAGGUGUUGUUCCCAUUAGGGUUGUUAUGAACCUGAGGAUUUGCUGGGAUUGCCAUAAUGUAGCAAAAAUGAUAUCCAAAAUUUUUAACAGGGAAAUUAUUGUCCGAGACAGAAACAGGUUUCAUCAUUUUAAGGAUGGAUUUGUAAAGAAUGUACAAGUCCUUUGGCUAUCUUUUACAUUUUGGUAUCCUCCCAUCCGAGGUGAAUAUUAGGAUCUAACUCAACCACAUGCUUAAGGAACCUGAGUUCCUCUUACUCAAACCAACACAUUUUUGGCUGCUAUCUUUAUUUUGACAUGACCACAGGUAUCCUCCAUAAAAUAUGAGAAACAGUCUUCUUCUCGGUAACUGCUGGGAAGAUAUGCAGCCAUUGACUUGUCCAGAUGCAUGGAUAUGGUCCACAAUGUAGGAAUUAACGAGGUAUGGACUCUGUUGUACACCAUUAAGGCUUCUCCAGACUCAUGGUUGAGGUUCGUUUAUAAGGACUUAACUUGUACACUCAGCUUAACAAAGUGUGUUGAUAACGAUGGCAAUCUCUACCAGUUAAACUUCAGCCUCUAUGAAACCGUAAAUUCAAACUGGGGUGAAUUCAGCUAUAGCAUAGAAAGAACUAGAUCCAGUUUUCUUCAGAUGUAUCCCUGCAUGAUAUGGGAUCCAUUAUGUCCAAGAAGACAAACAAGACUGUUGAUGGAUGUGGCGCAGUCACGCACACACGGUGGUUUAUGAUGAAGAUGCUAAUGCGGCGACCAUGGCGCACUACUUUGCUAAUAGUGGGGAAGGCAAAGAAAUUGGCCUUUCUGUGGUCGCAAAGAUUCAACCAUCUAAUGGCAAAUUGGAUAUAACAGUGGAGGGCCCUGAGCAAGACCCUGCUUUAGCAUUAUUAUGCAUGUUUGAAGAAGUGAAUAGAACCGAGGUUUGGAAGCCUAGCAUGUGCCCUCAUUGUGACAGAGAUAUUGGCACCAGGCACCACGUUGUGACAAUCAGCCGCAAAAUGUAAGAAGGAUUGACAUUGCCAAUAGGGGAGCAUUCCUUGGGAAUGGUAACGGUUGUUACAUUGAAAAUAAUUUUAUGGUUUUUAGCAAAUCAAGAAGGUUUAAGGGAAAUAGUUACAGAUCAACGUUUUUGCAGCCUGAUAGUGAAGACAGCAAUAGUGAUGAAGACAGUGAUAGUGAAGACAGCAAUAGUGAUGAAGACAGUGAUAGUGCUCCCAUCAUACCAACAAGUCUUGGCAUCCAAGGUGUACCAAGUGUUAUUAAAGCACCAACAAAAACAGCACCAAAAAUGACAAGUGUUGUAUAUAUCCUUAAAAUGUAGAUGAUAACUUGAUGUACUGAAAUUUAUGUCACUCCAGUCUUGUGCUAAUAAUCCCAUUUCUCUAAUUGAGAAAUGCGAGCGACACUCUAUUUCUAACACGCACUAUUUGAUUGACUAAAAUUUAUUAAAAAUCACCAAUUUUCUUAUUAACAAUUCAGUGACCAUCUUGGAGAAGAA